AUGAAGAGAUCACGAGAAGAAUCUCAAGGUGGCCGCAAUAACAUAUUUGUUGAUGAGGUUCCACUUCUAAACUUGCCUCUAACAACGACUCCGGAGCUUAUCAACAAGAUUGAAACUUACCUCAAUAAAAACUACACAUGUCCUCAUCAACAAAUAGAGAACUCAAAGACCUCAAUUCUUCCUAAGAGUUCUGAGAAACUAAAAGCUAUGAAUUUCCCAAUCUCCAUGAUCAAAAUUGGAACAUGGACCCCCGUUGCAAUAAACCCUGAAGAUAUUGUGGCAAAAUUCUAUUUUGCAAAGAAGAAACUUAUAUGGGAGUUUCUCUUCGGAGAAGAAGAAACUAACAUGCCAAGGCUGAAGAGAAAGAUCGAGAUUCAAUGGAAUGAUGUCUCAUCUUUUGAAGAGAGUAUUUAUACACAUGAUGAAACUGGAAUCCUCAAAAUCGAGUUGAGAAAACGUCCAACAUUCUUCAUAGAGACUAAUCCACAGGCAGGAAAACACACUCAAUGGAAACAGUUGGAUCGCGAUUUCACCGACUUCUACUUGCAGGUUUCUAGCUUUAACUUGGAUCAUUUUUUUUGCUUUGAGUAA